UUACAGAAGCAUGGAAUAUAGAUAAUGAAUCAAAUUCGGAAGAAGAUUCAGACGAAAAUUCUCAAGAUAGUAAUACUUCUGAUUUAAAUAUGACCACAAUACCAGAAUUAGUCGAUGCCAUAGAUGGCUAUUUAGAUAAUACUAGAAUAAACAGAUUCGUUCUAGUUAACCAAAUAAAAAGAGUCACACAGCAAAUUCGUCAUAAAUAUAAUAAUGAAAGAAAUACAUGUCAACAGUAUUUUUUAGAAUUACAACAAUGUCUUUCUCAACAAUCUUCUUAUAACACCAAAAUAAUAGAAGCUCCUAUAAUUCCGCAAUCAGUAUUUCUUAUACCCGAUACACAAAAAAUGAUUGAUGAGACAUUAGCGAAACAAAAAUCUAAUUAUGAUGCUGAGAUAGAAAAAUUGAGAAAGGAAGUUCAAUCCUCCAAAGCACAAAAAACACAGGCACCAGUUUCGCAAACUAUUGAACCG